AUGGAAGGAGAGAACACAAAUGACACAUACAGAGAGUGCCUAAGAAACCAUGCAGCCAGCCUUGGCAGCUACGCCACCGAUGGCUGCGGAGAAUUUACUCUUGAUUAUACUUCCUCCGUCGGUCUACACUGUGCUGCAUGUAGUUGUCAUCGGAACUUCCAUCGUAAAGUCACGCGUGGUGCAAACGGUGGUCAUGAUCACGAGAUGGUAGAAUACGGUGGUAGCAGAGGCUGCAGCAGGAGGCAGAUACCGGAAUCUCCAGAGUCGGAACGGAGUGGGAAGAAAAGGUUUAGGACAAAGUUUACAGAAGAUCAGAAAGAGAAAAUGCUGGCAUUUGCAGAGAAAUUGGGAUGGAAACUGCAGAGAAAAGAUGAAGAAAUAGAGAGGUUCUGCAGAGGGAUUGGUGUUAGUAGGAAAGUUUUCAAAGUGUGGAUGCAUAAUCACAAGAAUUCUUUCUUCACUUCUGCAUCUAAUGCCAAUGUAUCCAAUCCAACUCAUCAGUAG